GAAGACACCUUCGCCACCAACACAAUUUUACCUCCUAUCUCCCACACAAAUUAUGGUAGUGGUAGAGCUGUCCGGCUAUGAUCGGAUGUCGCGCGGUACGGAGAAAUAGUUGGCGUAUUAAUAGCUGUCACUCAGAGUUUCGUCCGGCCGAAUUUUCUCUGGUUUUGCGGUUGUUGUGAUACUUCUCGAUCGAGCCAUCGAUUGCUCUAUCCAACACUCCACACAUUCACACAUUCAAGGUUUAUGUUGGAGGUGAAGACCUUCAGUCAACUCCGGUUCCUCUUCUUUCUUCUACUUCCUCUUUCUUCUCUCCUUCUUUCUUUCUUCUUUCCUUGCUCAUCCUGCCUUAUUGCUUCAUUCAUUUCUUACCCAUUCCUCUCCAUCGCUCCAUUCCUUCUGUUCUCAAACAAUGCCUCCAUUCAUUCCCCCACUUUCUGACCGCUCCAAGACAGUGUCUAGUCUAAACUCAGAGCGUGCACUUGUCUCGUUCAAUGUUGAGUCACUCUCUCAAUUCUUGUAUGGCGAGAACUUUGAGAAACGACGCCAUACUCGGGAUCUGGUUGAACAACACCCCGUCUUCUCUAACGCGGAUAAACCCUUUUUGAGCCGUGAACGUCAAUACGUCCGAUCUUUGGAAAAGGCAGCAAAAUUAGUUGAGAUGCGCAAGCAGAACAAUUGGUCCGAUGAUGAUAUGAUGAUGGCCAUGAUGGUGAUCGGCGACUCGACUCCUCAAUUCUUGCAUGAGGCACUUUUCAUCCCUACCCUCAAAACCCAGCUCACGGACGAGCAGCAAAAGAUUUGGCUUCCCAAGGCUCAAAAUUAUGAGAUUUUUGGAUGUUAUGUUCAGACCGAGAUGGCUCACGGAAGCAAUCUUCGCAAGCUUGAAACAACCGCCACCUUCAUCCCCGAGACAGACGAAUUUGAGAUUGAUACACCAACGCUCAAUUCUAUGAAAUGGUGGCCUGGUGCUCUCGCCCAGACCAGUACCCAUUGUGCCAUCUACGCUCGUUUGACCCUUCAUGGCAAGGAUUAUGGUGUCCAUCCCUUCUUAUUACAGAUCCGUGCUGCCGGAACCCAUGCUGAAAUGCCCGGCAUUGAAUUGGGUAAUUUAGGUCCCAAAAUCGGAUUCAACACCAUCGAUAAUGGUUUCUUACGAAUCAAUAAGGUCCGAAUCCCACGCGAACAAAUGAUGAUGCGCAACUCCAGAGUCACUCGUGAUGGCAAGUACGAACCUGCCAAGAACGCAAAGAUGAAUUAUUCAACCAUGGUGGCCAUCCGUGCCAACAUUGUCAAGAACGCAGGUUUCGCACUAGGUCAGUCUUUGACGGUCGCCAUCCGAUAUUCCAUGAUCCGUCUUCAAGGCGGAGACCGCAUCCCAUCUCAAAAGGGUGAAGAGGUCAAGGUUAUUGAUCACGGUAUGCAACGCUUCCGCUUAACGACCUCAUUGGCCUUGAGCUAUGCAAUGUUGAUGACCGGUCGAGUUAUGACGGAUAUGCAUCAGCGGAACUUGAAGAACGUGAUCCAAGGAGAAGUAGGUCUAAUGGCUGAGGUCCAUGCAACUUCUUCAGGCUUGAAGGCCUUGAUCUCGGACUUGGCUACUGCUCAUAUGGAGGACGUACGUCGUUCCUGCGGUGGACAUGGUUAUGCUUGGUGCGGAGGAAUGGUUGAAGUCUUGACCACAACCCUACAGGAUGUUACCGUGGAAGGUGAAAAUACAAUCUUACACCUUCAAACUUCGCGUUGGUUACUCAAGACAAUCCUUCAAGCCCUCAAAACCAAAGAUCUGUCUUCAGUCCCUGCUGGCUUGCAACCUACUCUUCAAAAGGGUGGCGAAAACAUUUUAGAUCAAGAGAAAUCCAUCAUUGUCCCAGGACAGCCCAUCAGUGGCGAGGCUUUAAUUGCUGCAUUCUGGCAUCGUGAGGCCCGUGCUAUGGCUAAAUCUCAAGUUCGAAUGGUCGAGUUAUCCAGAACUCAUGGUGAAGGCAUGCUAGUCCGUAACUUUUACGAGGCUAUUCAAAAAGAGGAACAGGCUAUUCAUCAAAAGGGUGGUGAUGUGACCAAAGGUUACUUGCCUGUUCUCAAGAUGCUCUUUGAAUUGCACAGUAUUCAUCGUCUGUUGGAACAAGCCGGCGAUUUCAUGGAAGAUGGAUAUGUCUCCAGGCAGCAAAAGGUCUGGUGCAAAGACCGCCGUGAACAGUUGAUUGACCUGUUGAGAUACGAGUUGAUCGGACUCGUAGAUGCGUAUGAUUUCUCGGACAACCAACUCAAUUCUGCCAUUGGACGGUAUGAUGGACGUGUCUACGAAUCGCUUUAUGAGUGGGCCAAAUACGGAAUGACCCUUGUUGAUAAGGGCAAGAAUGGAGGUGUCUUGGGCUUUGAUGAAGUUUUGAAGGAUCUUUUUGCAGAGGGCCGUCGUUUGAAUGGCGCUGCAGUCCCAAAGCUUUAG